AUGUACCUUAUUUUACUUGAAGAAGGGUUUAAACCAACACGUGAGGCACAACGGAGAUUAAAUCCACCUAUGAUGGAGGUUGUGAAAAAGGACUUACUGAAGCUCCUUAGUGUGGGUAUUAUUUACCCAAUUUCAGACAGUCAAUGGGUGAGUCCAGUUCAGAUGCUUGAGAGGUUAGCAGGUCAUCCUUAUUAUUUUUUUCUUGACGGUUAUUCAGGAUAUAAUCAGAUUGUUAUUGCUCUUGAAGAUCAAGAGAAGACAACCUUCACAUGCUCUUUUGGUACAUUCGCUUUCCGACGUAUGCCAUUUGGGUUAUGUAAUGCUCCUGCCACUUUUCAGCGCUGUAUAGUUUUGGGUCAUGUGAUUUCAAUCAAGGGAAUAUAUGUUGAUAAGGUAAAGCUUGAUUUAAUUCGUUCUCUACCACCUCCGGCUAGUGUGAAUGAAGUGAGAUCAUUCCUUGGGCAUGAUGAGUUCUAUAGGAGAUUUAUCAAGGAUUUAUCUAAAAUCACCACACCACUAUGUAACCUUCUUCAAAAAGAUCCACCAAAUUGGGAGUUGCCUUUUGAACUCAUGUGUGAUGUAAGUGACUAUGUUGUGGGUGCGGUUCUUGGGCAGAGAGUUGAAAAUCUCGCUCAUGUUAUAUACUAUGCUUCUUGCAUUCUUAAUGAUGCUCAACUUAAUUAUUCCACCACUGAAAAAGAGCUCUUGGCAGUCAUUUUUGCCCUGGAAAAGUUUCGGUCAUACUUGAUUGGAACUAAAGAGUUACCAUGUGAUCUCACACAAGCACAACAGAAUAAAAUCAAGCAUGAUGCUCGCCACUGCAUAUGGGAUGAACCUUAUCUUUGGAAGCAUUGUACAUAUAAAAUCAUUCGAAGGUGUGUCCCUGAAUCUGAAUUUCAUUCCAUCAUUGCUUUUUAUCAUGCUUAUGGUGGUGGUGGACACUUCGGACCCAAGAGGACAUCUUGUAAGAUAUUCGACAAUGGUUUCUACUGGCCCACAAUUUUCAAAGAUUCUUAUGCUUAUUGUAAGGCAUGUGAUCAAUGUCAACUAGUUGGUAGCAUAACGGCUAAGGAUCAAAUGCCUCAAACUCCUAUUUUAAUUCUUGAGAUUUUUUAUGUUUGGGGUAUGGAUUUCAUGGGACUGUUCCCAUCUUCUUUUGGCAAUGAAUACUAUCUUUUGGCAUUGGAUGAAAUGUCUAAAUGGGUAGAAGCAAUUGCGACUAAAACGGAUAAUUCAAAAACAGUGGUGGAUUUCAUUCACUCCAAUGUUUUUGUAUGUUUUGGUAUACCCAAGGCUAUACUUAGUGAUCAAGGCACUCAUUUCUGUAACAAGAGUAUAGAAGCAUUGUUUCGACGCUAUAGUGUAACUCACAAGGUGAAAGCUGCUUAUCAUCCACAAGCCAAUGGACAAGCGUAG